AUGAAGGAGGUUAAGCCCGAGCGGGUGCAGAGGCAACGGCGGAGUAGGGAGGACGAGGACGAAACGGGGGAAGCAGCGGGGGAGGAAGUACUGGUGCCGGAUAUGUCACUGGUGAAGCAAGAGCCGCGCAGCCCGACCCCUGCGUCCCGCUCUCACCGGCCCCGACCCCGGACCCGGCGCGGUUCCUCUGGAAGUCCGAGCCCGGCGCCGGAGGAAGAGGCGCCACUGCAGCCCCCGGCCUGGGCCGCGGCCUCACGAGCCCGCAGCGCUCGUGCCUCCCGCGCCCGCGCUGGCAGUGGCAGCAGAUCACCUACUAAAAGGAAAAACAAGUCCUUUGGGAGAAGAAGCAGAUCUCUUCCAAGUAAGAGAAGCCGUUGCCUUCAUCAUCCUGUAGUCAAGGUGAAGCAGGAACGGGAAAGUGAAAAUCAUCCCCGAAGAGAAAGAGAUGAAAGGCAACACAGGGAGCAGUGGAAACAAGAACACAGGCGGGAGAGAAAUGGUGACCGUGACAGACACCAUAGCCAUUCUAACCAGAGGAAGAUCAUUAGUGAGAGGCCUAGUGGUGGGCGGAACCGAGAUGCCCAGAACCUACAGGAACAAGAAGCAGAAAGAGAGUUUUAUAAUGCUCGACGAUGGGAGCGUCACCAGAAAAAAGAUGUGGGUGGCAGCAGUGAUGAGAAUCAGAUUAUUCUGCAGUCUGCUUGUGGCCAUAGUAAGGCGAAAGAUGCACCGAAUAAAGAGAAACCCAGCUUUGAACUGUCAGGGGCACUCCUUGAGGAUACUAACAUGUUUCGAGGUGUAGUGAUAAAGUAUAAUGAGCCCCUAGAAGCACGGAUCCCAAAGAAACGCUGGCGUCUUUACCCUUUUAAGAAUGAUGAGGUUCUUCCUGUCAUGUAUAUCCACAGACAAAGUGCUUAUCUUCUGGGCCGACACCGGCGGAUUGCAGAUAUUCCUAUUGAUCAUCCCUCCUGUUCAAAGCAGCAUGCAGUAUUUCAAUAUCGGCUUGUAGAAUAUACACGUGCUGAUGGAACAGUUGGCCGAAGGGUAAGGCCAUAUAUCAUUGACCUUGGUUCAAGCAAUGGGACCUUCUUGAACAACCAACGUAUUGAGCCACAGCGUUACUAUGAACUAAAAGAAAAGGAUGUGCUCAAAUUUGGCUUUAGUAGCAGGGAAUAUGUACUGCUUCAUGAAUUUUCAGACACCUCUGAGGUGGAUAGAAAAGAAGAUGAAGAUGAGGAGGAGGAGGAGAUGAUAUCUGACAGCUAG